AUGGCGACUUCAUCUUCUUGGGCACAGGAUGUGAUCACGUGUGAUCUUUGUGACAACCCCACCCAGCAGUUCUGUAACAGCUACAGAAGAGAAAGGCUCGUAUUCUCCUCAUGUGCUUCUCAUCCCAACCAGAAAUGCGAGGGACAUUGUCAACAGUGUGAUGUCCCCGUCUGCUUCAGAUGUCUCACGGGUCCCCACAGGCCCCAUACCAUCAUAGAUAUGUCAGAAGUGGUACAACAGAUGAAAGAAGAAAUCAAGAAAGAAACAGAGGAAAUUGAGUCGUUUAUUUCAAGAUUCGCACUAAGUGGAGCUAAUAUUGAUCUAAAGAUAUCUAAAAUGACUGAAAAAUUUGAAACAAUGGAGAGAGAGGGAGAAAAUCUGAGAAAAUCCUGGCAUGAAGAAGUAGACAACAUUUUCGACACACUACAAUCAACAAUUAGGAAAAUGAAGGAUGGAAGACUCACAGCUCUCAGAUCACACCACUACAAAUCAGAACUUACGGAUUUCAGAGACAUUCCUACAGAUGUUGAUGUGAAGAUUCCUUCCCUAAAUAGCAACACAGUCCAGGGGAGAGAACUCAGCAUAGAAUUAGGAGAAUACAAGGCUACACUGACACAGACAUCUAUAUCCAGUCUGACAGAUGAAGUAUCCAUUUUAUCCGUGAGAAAACUAUUGGACAAAGCUAAAGUUAUUGCUACCAUUCCUUCUAGAAUAAAGUCAUUACGUCAUAUUAUCUGUACCAGAAACAAUGAAGCUUGGGCUUGUAGUGGAGAUAGAUUCAUAAGACGUAUUGACAUACGUGGUUCUAUAAAGGAGAAGAUCGCCACCAAGUGUAAACCCUCUCCAAAUGAAAUUUCAGUGACCAGGAAAGGAGAACUGAUAUACAGUGAUCAUGACAGCAGAACAGUGAACAUCGUCAGACAGGGGAAGAUAGAGACACUAAUCACUCUACCUCGGGGGUGGCAUCCUGAUGGACUGUGUUGUACCAGAUCAGGGGACAUACUAGUUAGUGGGCAACCAGGGGUCUUGGUGGACGAGAAUAACAACGGAGACAUAUGCGCCUCUGAUUUUGAUACCAGUACAGUGAUAGUAAUGGACAAGACAGGAAGAGUUCGAUUCCGUUACGAUGAUGAGAAUGGACAGUUUUUAAGAUGCAUUAGCAAUUGUGGACUUCGGAAUCUUGGUGGACUGAGUGUGGACAGUGAGGGGAGGUUGUGGGUAGGGUGUUUUGAUUCAGGUGAUAUUAAAGUCAUCCAGUACAUGGAGUAA